CGCGCCUCGCUUCCCGGGCCUCGCCAUCUACCUGGCCGAGCGGCGCAUGGGCCGCAGCCGCCGCGCCUUCCUGUCGCGCCUGGCGCGCUCCAAGGGCUUCCGCGUCCUCGACGCCUACGGCUCGGAGGUGACACACGUGGUGAUGGAGCAGACCUCCGCGGAGGAGGCUGCCUGCUGGCUGCGGGGCAGGGCGCUCCCGGGGACCAUCGGCCCAGCGCUGCUGGACAUAAGCUGGUUCACGGAGAGCAUGGCUGCCGGGCAGCCUGUACCUGUGGAGGGCCGCCACCGCCUAGAGGAGGCUGAGCCCAGGAAGGGAGCACCAAGCCCAGUGUGGAUGCUGCCAUAUGCCUGCCAGCGCCCCACACCCCUCACACACCACAAUACCAGCCUUUCGGAGGCUCUGGAAACACUGGCAGAGGCCGCCAGCUUUGACUGCAGUGAGGGCCGCUGCCUCUCCUUUUGCAGAGCUGCCUCCGUGCUCAAGGCCCUUCCCUACCCAGUCACAGCCCUGAGCCAGGUGCAGGAGCUACCUCACUUUGGAGAACAUUCCUGUAGGGUCAUCCAGGAGCUGCUAGAACAUGGGGUCUGUGAAGAGGUGGAGAGAGUCCAGGUGUCGGAGCGGUACCGGACCCUGAAGCUCUUCACUCAGAUUUUCGGGGUUGGAAUAAAAACUGCUGACCAGUGGUACCAGGAAGGUCUGCGGACCCUAGAUGACCUCCAAGAGCAACCGCAGAGACUGACCAAACUCCAAAAAGCAGGACUGCAGCACCUCCAGGACCUGAGCACCCUGGUUCAGCGCCCAGACGUGGAGGCCCUGCAGCAGCUCCUGGAUGCAGCCGUGAGUGGGGCCCUUCCAGGGGCCACUGUCACCCUGACUGGCGGCUUCCGCAGGGGGAAGUUGCAAGGCCACGACGUGGACUUCCUCAUCACCCACCCCCAGGAGGGGCAGGAGGUGGGACUGCUGGCCAGAGUGCUGCUCAGCCUGAAGGAGCAGGGGCUGAUCCUGUACCACCAUUACCAGCGCAAUCAGUACGGAGACCCCACCCGGCUGGCCAGGCAGAAGCACAACAUGGAUGCCUUUGAGAGAAGCUUCUGCAUUUUCCGCCUGCCACAAAUCCCGGGGCCUGCUGUGGAGGGGUCCCAGAGGCCCUGCGCCUCCUGGAAGGCUGUGCGGGUAGACCUGGUGGUUGCCCCCAUCAGCCAGUUCCCCUUUGCUCUGCUUGGCUGGACUGGCUCCAGGCAUUUCGAGCGGGAACUCCGCCGCUUUAGCCGGAAGGAGAGGGGACUGUGGCUGAACAGCCAUGGGCUGUUUGACCCAGAGGAGAAGACCCUGUUCCCUGUGGCCUCAGAGGAAGACAUCUUCAGACACCUGGGCCUUGAGUACCUACCUCCAGAGCUGAGAAAUGCCUGAUUCUGCUGGGUCUCGCUUCCGUUCUUCGAGGUGGAGGCAUUCGCGAGCCAGACCCUAUGAAUAACCUUGGCCACCAAAUGUCUCCAGGUAGAAGAUAUGCUGCUGCCCCAAGUCCUCACCGUUCCAGUGGGAACCCCACCUGUACAGACUCCUCCCUCAUCCACCCCCACUCCCAGAUGUCAUGAAAUGAGCCCAUGGAACAAACUGAGUUGUUUUUUGAGUGUGCUGCUGGUUUGGGGGACAGGAGUCUGGCGCCUGCACCUGCUCUGAGCUGAGUCUGCCUGGGUGGGCCACCCCAUCUGCUGUGGGGCAUUAUCUAGGUAUGACCUGGGCCAGAUGGCUCAGGUUCCUCCCCACGCAGAGGAAGCCUUCAUGGAGUUGUCAGAGAGCCUGAGGUCAUGGGUAGUGAGUACUGUGCAGUCCCUGAUUCUCAGCUUCUAGCCAUGGGCCUGGGGAGAUGGAGGGGAGUGACUGCCUGCUGAAGUCUGCUGUGCGGGUGCUAAAUGCCGUAGCAUGGAAAGGACCCAGGGAUAGGGAGUUGGGACCAACCACCUCUUGCCUGGUCAUCCCCACAACUAGGCUUCCUGUCUUCUCCCAGAAGACUUUAGACAGGUCACAAUCAUAUGAUAGCUUUCCUGCUCAAAGUCUCCAGUGGCCCCCACCCCCAUUGGCUCAGUAAGUUCCCCUGGACCUUGGUAUUUAUUUCAUCCCCUCCCCUUCCUAUAUGCUCCCUCUCUCAAGCCCUCUGGCUCCUGCUUCUCUGGUCAAGCCAGAUGCAUUCCUGUCUCACUGCUUUCUCACUUGAUUACCCCAGACAGCCACAAGAUCAGUGGGUAUCUCACCGAGAGGGGCCCAGUGACAACUUUCUCAUGAUAUCCUCUGUUCCUUAAAUCCUCAGGCCCACUCCAGAGCCGUUACCCUCUAAGCACCAGCCACCUGAAUUAUCAACUCAGGGUCUCCUAGUCAGGUCAAGACUUCCCUAACUACUUAUCACAUUAAAAGGUAUUUUUUUUUAAUCAAUGUGCAAU